CAAAAAUAAUUUUUUAGCAACAUAUUUCUUGCCGGUGAUAAAAACUACCGGUCAAUAAAUAAUAGCCAAAUGAGGACUCAGGGAUUUUUAGCUCCGGAGUAUGUCAGACACGGUGAACUAACCGAAAAAUCUGAUGUACAUCCCUCUCGCUUAUGGCAAGAGAACUUUGUGGAUGGUCCAUUUCCAGAGGAGUACUAUAAAUACAUUAACAGUGCUGCAGGAAGCACUUAUCGUAUCAUUGAUCCAUAUCUAAAAGGGAAGAUAUCACUCGAGUGUUUGAGGAAAUUCUUGGACAUAGCUUAUUGUUGUAUUCACCCAAAGGCAAGCGAAUGGCCAUCAAUGGAAGAAGUGGAGGUGACACUAGCUGUUGCAUUAGAGCUGGAGGAGGAAGCUGAUUCUGUUAUGGAGGCUGUUAAUCCUAAUGGUGACUGGGUGUAUGAAGUGGUACCAUUUUGUCUAUCUAUUGGUGAAAAUGGUCAAGUCCCAUACCAAGAGCCAGAGCUAGACAGUGGAUCCCAAUGGGAUAACUUGUCAGUCGAAAACGCAUCAUUUCUCUAACAAACAUUGACAGGGAUAUUAUGUUAGUAAUAUUAGUAAAUCAGUAUUUGACAA